AUGCGGCGGUCUCUUCUACACCUGCCGAUAAAGCGUUCGGCAUGGGCCAUUCGCACAUCGAAUGUUGCCCGGAUUGCGGCCACGAGGUCAUUCGCAUCCGAAGCGUCGCCCAAUCCCGAAAUAUAUGAUAUUGUCGUCGUCGGUGGCGGUCCUGUCGGGCUGACACUUGCGGCAUCGCUCGGUGCUGCGCGUGCUACAAGUCAUUUGAAAGUCGCAUUAAUUGAGGGUAUGAAUCUGGCUUCCAUUCGGGAUUGGAAACCUACCCCGGAUUACUUUGCCAAUCGUAUCGUUUCUCUUAUCCCGAGUACUGUCAAACUCCUCAAGGAAACUGGAGUAUGGAAACAUAUCAAACAGGAAAGAGUGCAGUCUUAUGAUGGUAUGCAAGUCUGGGAUGGCAUGACGGAUGCCCGUGUCGAGUUUGAUUGGAAUAAGCUACUGGGUGGUCGACAGGAAGGUGUAGAUACUACCAUUGCGCACAUGGUAGAAAACAUACAUCUGAGCCAUGGUUUAUUGCAACGGCUUGAGGAGCUUGCGGUCAAGCCAACAAUGAUUGAUAAAACCAAAGUGGAAAAAAUUGAGUAUGGUCAACUAACUGAAGAGGUUGAUAUGCGAGAUUGGCCAAUCGUCACUUUGAGCAAUGGCCAAAAGCUCGGCGCAAAGUUGUUGAUCGGGGCGGAUGGUGGAAGCAGCCCGGUUAGAACUUUUGCUGGGAUCGAGAGCAGAGGGUGGGAUUAUAAUAGGCAUAGCAUGGUGGCGACUUUUAAGAUCGAGGAUGAUUCUGCAUUCCCAAAGUUUGCCUACCAAAGGUUCUUACCGUCAGGACCGGUUGCUAUUCUACCACUACCUGGGAACUUUGCUAACCUUGCUUGGUCAACUACACCCGAAAAGGUGGCCCAUCUGAAGUCAUUGGCGCCGGAGGACUUUGUCGCUAUGGUAAACGCAGCCUUUAGGCUCUCCUAUACUGACAUCGACUAUCUCCACAACCUGAAGAGUGGGGUAGUCGAAGAAACAAAGUGGAGGGAGAGCGUAACAAAGUACCCGGACCCUCCAACAAUUCCUAUGCGAAUUACCGAGGUUCUAGAAGGCACUCGGGCUUCAUUCCCUUUGAAAAUGAAGCAUGCCGAUAGAUAUAUUGGAGAGCGAAUCGCACUUGUUGGGGAUGCCGCACACACGAUUCACCCCAUGGCCGGGCAAGGUCUUAACGCUGGUGUUGGUGAUGUCUACUCUCUCGUUAAGUCGAUUGCGGACGGUAUCUCACAUGGCCAAGAUAUUGGCUCCUCAUUUACUUUGGAACCCUAUCAGUCUGAAAGGUACUUGCCCAAUAACGCUCUUCUAGGAUUUGUUGACAAGCUCCAUACUUUGUAUGGGUUUGAAUCUGGGCCCUUGGUCCCUCUCCGCAGCUUAGGAGUUGAAAUAAUCAAUCAGGAUUGGUUCGGAUUGAAGAAGUUCCUGAUGAGCCAAGCGGCAAAAUCAUAG